AUGACCCGAUUCCCAGAGUGGACUCCCACGCAUCCCGCCGUGGGAGCACUUGUGAAAAUCAGGCCGGUUACUGAUGCUAAUGAGACCUAUUUAUGGGUUGCAGGAGUUGGUUUUGACAGAGAGGCUAGUAUACGCUGCUCUCUUGUUCAUUCACAAUCUGUACUACAGCGGAGACGAAAGUUGAGGAGGAGGAAAACCAUCUCUGGCAUCCCCAGAAGAGUGCAACAAGAAAUAGAUUCAGACGAGUCACCAGUGGCGAGGGAGCGCAAUGUGAUUGUGCACACAAACCCGGACUUCUCCGGCUCCGGCAGCAGGAGGUCGGGGACCCGGGACUCGGAGUGCCAGACGGAAGAAAUCCUGAUAGCCGCUCCCUCCCGGCGGCGGAUCCGUGCCCAGAGAGGGCAGAGCAGCAACCGCAUCCGCUCGCGGAGCCUUCCUCGUGAGGGCGCCCGGGCCAGCGAGGGUCAUCAGGAUGCCAGCGCCAAGAGUGCAGGGUACGAAGCAGAGUGCUUCCUAGCUGGCCAGGAGAGGAUCCCAAAAAAGGGGAAGGAGGUGUUGAGCAAGCAAGGUUCACAAGAGUGCCAGCCCAUCGGUUUAACUUGUCCUCAGCAUCUGCACAGCCCUGAACAUAGCAUUGGUGAGAGGGGGAGAUCACGGCUGUCAAGGAUGGCCGAUUCAGGCAGCUGCGAGAUUUCGUCCAACUCGGACACCUUCGGGAGCCCCAUUCACUCUAUCUCCACGGCUGGAGUCCUGCUCAGCAGCCACAUGGACCAGAAAGAUGACCACCAGUCCUCCAGUGGCAACUGGAGCGGGAGCAGCUCCACGUGUCCCUCCCAGACGUCUGAAACCAUUCCUCCUGCCGCCUCUCCUCCGCUGACGGGCUCUUCACACUGUGACUCUGAGCUGUCGCUCAACACCGCUCCCAACGCCAACGAGGACUCCAGUGUCUUCAUCACAGAGCAGUUUGGUGACCACGCGGACAAGGUCAGGGGUCACAGGGCGAGCUCCUUCACCUCCACUGUGGCGGAUUUACUGGAUGACCCCAACAACAGCAACACGAGCGACAGCGAGUGGAACUACCUGCACCAUCACCAUGAUGCCUCCUGUCGCCAGGACUUCAGCCCCGAGCGCCCAAAGACCGACAGCCUGGGAUGCCCCAGCUUCACCAGCAUGGCCACCUAUGACAGCUUCCUCGAAAAGACCCCCUCUGACAAGGCAGACACUAGCUCACACUUUUCCGUGGAUACCGAAGGAUACUAUACCUCCAUGCACUUUGACUGCGGUCUCAAGGGUAAUAAAAACUAUAUUUGCAACUAUGCAGCCACGGGCUCCGAGAGCGGCCAGAGCGGGAGCGUGACCUCCAGCCUGGCUGACUGCGCCUGGCAGGAGUGCGUGAGCCACAGGAGGCAGGGACGGCAGAGCAUCUCACUGAAGAAACCAAAGGCAAAGCCAGCCCCACCAAAACGCAGCUCAUCUUUGAGGAAAUCGGAGGGCAGCACCGACCUUCCUGACAAGAAAGAACCAAAGAUCGGUGGCGGGCAGCACGUCUCUCACACUGCCAGGGAGAUGAAGCUGCCCCUUGAGUUUUCAAACACACCUUCCCGACUGGAAGGCCCCAACCUGCCAGCCAAGCAGGAGCUCCCCUGGGCAAACCAGGGCGACGGCGGGUUAAAGGACACUCCAUUUGACACUGCUGAUAUCCCCUCCUUUAAAGAUGAAGGUGCUGAACAACCUCACUAUGCAGACCUCUGGCUUCUGAAUGACUUGAAAUCCAGUGAUCCUUACAGGUCCUUGUCCAAUUCGAGCACCGCUACGGGUACUACAGUCAUAGAGUGCAUCAAGUCACCGGAGAGCUCCGAAUCCCAGACAUCCCAGUCCGGGUCACGAGCCACCACCCCAUCCCUCCCUUCGGUCGAUAAUGAGUUUAAGCUGGCCUCCCCCGAGAAGCUGGCGGGGUUAGCCUCACCUUCCAGCGGGUACUCGAGCCAGUCGGAGACGCCCACGUCUUCUUUUCCGACUGCUUUCUUUUCGGGACCCUUGUCUCCAGGGGGGAGCAAGAGGAAGCCAAAAGUACCGGAGAGGAAGUCAUCGCUGCAGCAGCCGCUCUCAAAAGACGGCACCGCCUCGGUGAGCAAAGACCUUGAACUUCCGAUUAUACCUCCUACUCACCUCGACCUAAGUGCUCUUCACAACGUCUUGAGCAAGCCCUUCGCUCACAGGCACCAGCUGCAUGCCUUCAGCCACAGCAAGCAGAGCGUGGUCGGGGAAGCCCUGCAUCCGAGCCCUCCCUCUGCCCUUGCCAUCACGCCCUCCGUUCUCAAGUCUGUCCACCUCCGGGCAGUCAACAAGCCUGAAGGAGGGAAACAGAAGGGCAGUGCCCCAGACCUGCUCUGCAUACAGGAGACCGCCUUGAUGGCAACCGACAUUUCUCCGGGCAAAAUGAGGCCGCUCUUAGCUAAGAAAACAGUAUCGCGCCAGUACUCCACGGAGGAGGCCAUAAUGUCGUACAUUGAUGCUUCCCCAGCAGAAGUGGGCCCUGGAAAACUGCCUUUAGAGAAAAGCUCCUCUUUCAGUGGGGAGAAAAGCUCCUCUUUCAGCGGGCAGAAUAGCUGUGAGCGAGAAGCUGUAACUUCAGCAAGAGUGGGUCUGGUUGAAGUCAAACCUGGGAAGGAGCAAACACACCUGAUCACCGAGCGCUUGCUGGAAAGCACUCUGAAUCAGACGUGUGCCAUCUCUGCGGACGGGUUUCAGAAGGGCUCGGUUGUCCUCACAGGUGAUGACGAAGCAAAGAAACCCAGCCAGGGAGCAGAAACAGAGCACGACCUUCAGCAAGUGCAGGCUCAGCAAGAGCUCUCCGCAGGCAGCGAGGGGAGGCUGGAAGGUGGGCUUGCGGGAGAAAGCCCAGGUCACGCUGAGGGAGCGGCUGUCAGCGAUCAGCUUAAGCACCAACCCGACGUAAGCCACCAUGUGCCUGGGAAUGUCAGCUAUGAAGCGGAGACAGCAGCAGUGAAUUCACUCGGAGAAGCGACUUGCAAGCAGGAAAAUGAUAUCGCAUCAGGUAUCCCAACCAAAAGUGCCUCUGAUGAUGGCAGGGCGGACGAGACGGCAGGCGGUGCAGACGAGUCUUCGCUGAAAGAGUCUUCUCCAAGCGACGAGUCCCUCGUGUCUCCGCUGAGUGAGGAGUUGCAGGCUGACGCUGAGGAUGUCUUUGUGUCUCCAAACAAACCCCGCACUACCGAGGAUCUGUUUGCAGUCAUUCACAGAUCAAAAAGGAAAGUUCUUGGGAGAAAGGAUUCUGGAGACCUUUCUGUAAGAAACAGAUUGAGAGCUUCAUCUGGGACUAGCAGCCAGCCCCCCACCAGCAGCACACUGCCCACCAGCAACAUGCCACCGGCCAGCAGCAUGGGCACUCCCAUAAGCAGUCAGAGGUCCCCCGGGCUCAUAUACAGGAAUUCCAAAAAGUCCAACACAUCCAAUGAGGAGUUUAAGCUACUGCUCCUUAAAAAGGGCAGCCGAUCCGAUUCCAGCUACAGGAUGUCUGCCACGGAAAUUCUGAAAAGUCCUAUUUUGCCCAAGUCUCCCGGAGAGCUGAUGGCAGAUGCUCCUCAAAGCCUAGAGGAGUCUCCCCCCGCGCUGAGCCCCGAUGCGUUGUCCCCGCUCUCCCCCUGCUCCCCCAGGGUCAAUGCAGAAGGAUUCUCCUCCAAGAGCUUUCCCAUGUCGGCAUCUUCAAGAGUGGGGCGUUCCCGGGCGCCUCCGGCAGCCAGCAGCAGCCGGUACAGCGUGCGCUGCAGGCUGUACAACACGCCGAUGCAGGCCAUUUCUGAAGGAGAGACAGAGAAUUCGGAUGGCAGCCCCCAUGAUGAUCGGUCUUCUCAGAGCUCAGCGUAG